CUAUCUGUAGAAGGACUCGAAGGUGGCGGUGGCGGAAGCUUAGGCCGUUAGAGCUUCUCGAAGGCAGGUGACUAUGAAAGGCUUGUAUUUUCAACAGAAUUCUACAAAUGAAGAAAUAACAUUUGUAUUUCAAGAAAGGGAAAAUCUCCCUAUUACGGAGGACAACUAUGUGAAAAUCCAAGUUAAAGCUUGUGCUCUGAGCCACGUAAAUACAAAGCUCCUAGCAGAAAUGAAGGUGGAGAAGGAGUUCUUUCCUGUUGGAAGAGAAAUUGCUGGAAUUGUGUUAGAUGUUGGAAGUAAGGUGUCAUUCUUUCAACCAGAUGAUGAAGUAGUUGGGAUUUUGCCCCUGGACUCCGAAGACCCCGGGCUCUGUGAGGUGGUCCGCGUGCACGAGCACUGCUUGGUUCACAAGCCAGAAAAAGUUACGUGGACAGAAGCCGCCGGAACCGUUCGGGACGGAGUGCGGGCCUACACAGCCCUGCACCGCCUUUCUCAUCUCGCUCCGGGAAAGUCGGUGCUGGUUAUGGACGGAGCAAGUACACUUGGUACAAUCGCAAUUCAGUUAGCACUGCACCGAGGAGCCAGGGUGAUCUCCACCGCCCGCAGCCUGGAGGACAAGCGGCACCUGGAGAGGCUCCAGCCUCCUGUAGCCCGAGUGGUUGAUGUGUCUCACGCGAAAGCCCGUGUGGCUGAGAGCUGCUUAGAAGAAACUGGUGACCUGGGAGUAGACAUUGUCCUGGAUGCUGGAGUGAGAUUGUAUAGUGAAGAUGAUGAACCAGCUGGGAAAUCACAGAUGCUGCCCCAUAAACAUGACAUCCUCACUCUGCUCGGCGUUGGGGGCUGCUGGGUGACAACAGAGGAAAACCUGCAGCUGGACCCUCCUGAUUGCCAUUGCCUUUUCCUCAAGGGAGCAACGGUGGCUUUCCUUAACGACGAAGUCUGGAACCUGUCAAAUGUACAACAAGGAAAAUAUCUUUGUAUCCUAAAAGAUGUGAUGGAGAAGUUAGCAGCUGGCGUUUUCAGGCCGCGCUUGGAGGAGCCCAUUCCACUACAUGAGGCGAAAGUCUCCAUGGAAGUUGUUCAGAAAAAUCAGGGAAGAAAAAAGCUAGUUGUGCAAUUUUAAUUUUGUUCUUUCCCAGACCUCAGUUGGAGGAAUCUAUUCCAGUGCUUGAAGCCAGUUUCCUUGGAAAUUGUUCAAAAAAAUCAAGGAAGAUGAAAGCAAGUGUUCCAUUUUAGAGCAUGUUUUCCUGCUGGCUGAGACAAGAUGCUCAGUUAUUUCAAAUACUUCAAAAGUAUUUGAAAAUUCCUGGACAAACAGCCAAGACAAGUCCACAAGUAACACCUAAAGGGAAGAUCUGGAAGCAUUUUUCGUUCCUGUGUUUAUAUAUUUGCCUCCGAUAUAAAAGUCUGUCCAUGAAGAACCCUUUCAGCAGAAGUCACGCUUCCCCAUUGAUAAAGCUGUUAGUCUUUGGUUCGCCAAAGUAACCUGUGUCAACUCCAUUCGCAACACCUUCCUUCCUCGGCAAACGGGUGCUGACGCCACUUAAUCAUAAAUGUGCAAAUCUCAAAGGAUGUAGCCAAUAGACACUUGAAAUGUUUUUCAUAUAUUUGUUGGCUUGAGGGGUUCCUCGGGAUCCAACAGGAGCGUGGCAGCGACUCGGCAGAGGCUGUGCGGCGCGCGCGCGCGGGGGGCUGCGGCGCGGGUUCCCGUCGCCGUCCAUCUGAGGGAGCAGGGCACCCCGGGGUCCUCGCCAGGUCCGGUCGCCUCUGCCCUCUGACGG